CUUGCUCACGUCCCCAUUCCCUCGUCUUUCUGCUCAGCUGACAUCCACAUUGUUCUCAACUCGUAAAUCUCAGCGCUGACACCAUGGGUCAAUCACCGUCUCAGUUUAUGGAGGACAUGGAAAAACGGUCCAACUUCAAUGCUAACGAGUUGGAACGACUCAAGAAGCGGUUCAUGAAGCUCGAUGCUGACGGUUCCGGAUCGAUCGACCGCGACGAGUUCUUGCAGAUUCCGCAGAUCGCAAACAACCCGCUCGCAUCGCGAAUGAUAGCCAUCUUCGACGAGGAUGGCGGUGGCACUGUUGAUUUCCAGGAGUUCGUCGGGGGCUUGAGCGCGUUCAGCAGUCGAGGAGGCCGAGAAGAGAAACUUCGAUUUGCGUUCAAGGUCUAUGACAUGGACCGGGACAAUUUCAUCUCCAAUGGGGAGUUGUUUUUGGUCCUGAAAAUGAUGGUCGGGAACAAUCUCAAGGACGCACAACUGCAAGAGAUCGUCGACAAGACAAUAAUGGAGGCCGACAAGGACGGUGACGGCAAGCUCAGCUUUGAGGAGUUCACACAGAUGGUCUCCAACACGGACAUCGUGAAGCAGAUGACGCUCGAGGAUCUCUUCUGAUGUAUCUCCUCCUUCUCUAUACCUUGGGUCACCGCUUUCCUUGUUCUGCAUCUCCCUCUUACACCCGUCCGCUCGCCCGCUCGCCGUCAUACCCCGCAUUCCAUUCCUACGUUCUGCCACGGUCUUAAUCGAUGCACGCAUAUGAAGAAAUGUAAUACCGAACACUGUACCAGCUGCGCUAUCACGAUUCACGACUUUUGCAUUCUUGGCUUCGGGACCGCCCCAAGCCUGGGCCACCUUGUUCCCGUGUAGACUGCAUCGCUGCCGAAUCCGCCGACAGGUACCCGUGGACACUGGUCGGAGCUUGAUCACGACAAGGCGCCCAUCAGAAACACUGCGAAACCAUUCACGCAUCAUUCACACAACGCCCAAUCAAAUACAGGGGUGUUUCUAUUCUCUCUCUCAAUUACAAACAACAACGAUGCAGUGGAGUACAAGGAAGUAAUACGGGGACAAUGUAGUGUCAAAACAAAUGCGAGGCGAUCAGAUGUAUGUACGGUCGACGGAAUGCAGGCGUCAAAAAAAACAUAUCACGGGUGGGACGGGAAGCUGGCUAACCACUGAUGAAUGGAGCGGUGUGGAAUCGAUCAACUCGAGUUCGUUCCAUCGCUAAGCAUGAACGAGGCUACUGCGGGCAUAAAGAUAACGGGCCAGUGUCAUGAUAGGGUUAACGCAUGCGGAGGCGAGUCUGAGGGGAAAGGGCGAGGGGCUCCUAGAAAAAUCGGGCCUGAGCGCCGGCGGAGUGCAAGAUGCGUGCGGUGGCGUCGAUAGUGUGCGUGGGGUAGUGGUAGCCGAUAAUAGUCACAGGGACGAGGUGCGGAAGCCGGGUAUGGUGAAUCACGGUGACGGAGGCGAGAGAAGAAACUUAGGGAUCAGGGGUUUCUAUCUGUCGAACAUACCGGGCGCGCCUGCUAGGAGGGAUCUCGUGUCUACCUCCAUGCCCAUGGCAUGAAUGGGUUGCGACUGAGAAGCCGCUUUGAGGAAGGGGGAGUUGUGCGAGGGCCUGGCGGCCUGUGCAAAAAAGGAUGUGGAGGGGGUGUGGUGCUGGGAAGCCUGCACGACUGCGACAUAAAACGGAUCGGUGUUGGUGAAGAGCGACUGGUCGUAGAGUGCGGGGGAGGAUGCAUAUGUGGGGGAGGGAAAUGCAUGCGCCACGGAGGGCGAACGAUGCCUGAAUGAAGGGUUGGGAGACAGAGGCUGUGCGUAGACCCGCUGGGACAUGGCCGAGGAGGACUGUCCGAGGAUAUCCUCGACCAUGCGCUCGUCCUCGACGUCUUCCAGAUCUGUCUCCCGGAUGUCAUCGGCCAUUCGGGACGGGGUGAUGCUCACGACGCUGCUGCUGCGUCGGCGGCUGCCGCUGUCCCAAUAGAAGCUGGAGGUCGGGGUGCGGGCGGUCGGGGUGUUGCAAGGUUGUGGCUGGCCUGCCCUGCGAGGGAUUUGUUGUGACGGUGAGGAAUGGGAAUGUGCGAAGAGGCUCUGUGCGAGCUGGGCCUGAGGGGCGGCGAGAUCGAUUGCUUCCUGGCCGAUGUGGCUGGCGUUGAAAGAGUUGACGAGGUCGUCGACGGCGAAGCUCAUUUGUGCGGGGAGUGGCGGGGCAGAC